GAAGUAAAAUGUUCCCGCCUUGCCACUGGUGUGGCGGUGUGCAGAGACUUAUCCACGUGAUGAGCAUUAAUCCAUGUUAGAAUUUACCAUUAACAGGUCAUUUCGACUGAAGGGGAGCAAAGUCUGACUAGGUGAUGUCGAGAUAACAAAAGUGGAUGGACGAUUGGAAUCUCCUCUUAAACUGGGUACUUCGUCCCUUAAGUUGAUCACCCCACGGCCGCUACAUAUACACUGGGAACGAGGUAAAGGACCGUGUCAGUUAUCUCGAUGCGAUUGCGUGGUACGGGAUCCACACGUGUCAGCAUCCAGCCCGAUGAAAGCCUUACGUAUUAGGAAUGACUGAUAUGAACUUUGUGCUCGAUUGUUAUUGGGAACUUUUUAAAACCUUCUGAGUCUCCAGGUCAGUACUGAGUGCCAAACUGACAAGGUAUAUGUACCGGAGCCUUUGAUCUUCUUGUUAACACUGUCCGAAACAUGUUCGGCGGUGAUUGCUAUUACUACUGACUGGUGAAUGGAAUAUAAUGGUACCAUAGUCCUUUCUCUAUGGUGGAACUGAGUGGCAGAACAAUCAACUCUUCAACCGGCAAAAGUACAGUACAAACCAAAAUAGGUUAUUGGUUGUCGAUUCGUUUGGAACAGUAUUAUUAAAAUAAAAGGUGACAACAAUUAAUUGGGGCAAGAGAACACUAGAGGGCCAGUCGUGUUCGAAACAACAAAAGGUUGACAACAAUGGAAACAAUAGGGAGCAGUUAGAACGAGUUGUGUUGAUUCCAGACCGAGCAGAAGAUCUACUGGUGAUCUUCAGGCACCCUAACAGUCUCAUUUUCACUGUUACCAUUGUUACCAUAGACAAUCGUCAAGUGGGCGACACUAAACUUUGACGCUUCAUAUUCAAAUAAGGCACUCAAUAGCAACCAUGAUUAACAAGUCACGCCAAUCACUUGCCAACAUAGUCCCUCCGCUAAGCAGCCUGGGUCAUCGCCAAGGUUCACAGGGCGACAUCAGCCGGGCGCUCUUCGGUAAGGUGAAGGGAGUUGGCGGUGGGCGAAGAGGCUCUGCGAUGGCCGUGAUGCAGCGUGCCGAGUACAACGAGACUGCUAUAAAAUCACAACAGGUGUUGGGCUUACGGAAUGAUGAUUGGAACAGCGUACAGAAGAAGGUUCUGUCACUCUUUCGAGGAGGCAGACUUGCACCAGGGGAACUGGACGACUUGAAUGAGCAAGUUAGAGCUGCUUUGAAAUCGGAAAUUGGUGAAUUCAUAACUGAUUACUACAAGAAAAAUCUUUUGCGACGAGGACUGGAUGUGAUGUACGGAGCCAUAAUAACUGAGGAUGGACCUAAACUUCUCGCAAGCCUCGCCAAGCAAUGGACGAAAUUCUUCUGUGAAAUUCUGCCCACACUUAGAGCAAUAUUCUGUCCGGUUCAAGUGAGCACGACGAGAGGUUUAACGAUUCUGCAGCUGAGUUUAUUGGGAUUUCGAGACCACAUCGUUUUGAAGCUGCACACUCUAAAAGAUGCUCUUUCGGCCGAUAGAUCCGCUGUUCCCAAUGAAAUAGUACAGAUGCUACUCCACCUUCAGAGCGUACGAGAGAGCGGGUACCCGUCAGAAGAACACCUCCAUAUUGAAUCUCUUGUUGCUAAGGUGGUAUGCCCCUACCUGGGUACCAGGGGGCUUUACUUUGGGGGCGACGAACCGUCCGUAGCUGCGAAGAUACAACCGAUGAUGUGUGAAAGUUCACGGAGACGACAAGAGAACGGCCGAGGGCGCUCUAGACCAACCAGCUUGCAAUUCACAGAACCGACCGUCACGUCCAGGUCGACGGACAUGCUGUCCUCUCCCACCCACACCCCAACGAUGUCACCUCGUGAGCACUCGGCAAGUCUCGGCGCUAUCCGAAGGUCGCCGAACUCGCGCAGAAGAGGGAGUCACGUACUCUCAUCGCUUGAAACGCUACUAGAGGACGAGAAGAAACGAACGUACGAAAUGACUGACCACGAAUGCUGACGUCAGACCCGAUGAACUUUCAGAAAAUUAUUCGCCAAUUACAAAUUCCCAAACGGAACUGAGGGGAUCCAUCGGGCUGGACCCGAAACAAGGCCGAGUAUAUUGCAAAGAACUGUUUCUUCCAAAGAUUGUUAUUGCACCGCGGCAUGAAACUUCUGAGGGCGUAAGUGAAAAAGACGGUAUUUUUCUUAACAUGAAAAUAAUUGUAGUUUUGGUACGAAGGAAAGUUUGACUUGUUGUAGGAAUUCGGCACUGCUUUGUGUAGUAUUACAAUAGUGAAGACGGGCACAUCAUAGGUAAAACCAAACACAAGAGUUCACAAAAUUAAUGUUACGAUCGAUCAAUAUGUAUCUGUAUUCCCCAGUUGGGCAACAAACUGUCAGUGAUUAUACCAUAAGGAAGUGUAUCAUAAAAGGAAAUCACAAUGAUUGUGUAUACGGGGCAAUUUACAAGGUUAUUACAAUGUUAGCAUUCGUGAUCUACGUAACAAUAUUUCACUGCAAAGACUGGUUCCCACACCGUUGCAGCAAUGUUUUCCUAAACAGCUUCGAAAAUUAUACAAGUGCUCUCCGAGGGAACCAUUAAUUCACAGGGGUAGUUCGGACGCUUGCAGUAGGAGACACGAUGUUUUUUGUGUAAAUAGGGACAAUACCGCAUGCGGCGCGAACUUUGCAAUGAGGAGUUGAUACGUGAAUGUAAUUUGACAUUGUUUCAGUUGGCACACAGAAAAUGUGAAGUUUCUUUGGCAAAUACUGGUCCGUAUUCUAUGUAGAGCAAAUUUUGUCUCGUGAAAUUUGCGCUGUGUUCCUGUUCAAAGUUAACCUGCUUGUUAUUAAAACAUUCCACGAAAGUUGUAGCUGUAGAAGAAAAUCACGGUGAGCCAGCUUAGACAAAAGUGAGACUUUCCAGAUACAAUCAAUAGAGGGGGUACUCACUAUUACUAGCAAUGUACACUACAAUCGGCAAUAUAUUGCCUGCGCGCCUGCUACCUACUUUACAAACCACUACAUUAAACCAUUGGGUCAUUGACCAUCAAAAUAUGGAACUAAAUCCAGAAAAUUCCGGUGAUAAAAUACCUAAACUUCAAAAACAAUCACUUGCCAUAGCUGCUAUUCAAUUUCCCUGCCACUCAGUUGAUUGAUGGUCCUUUAAAUUAUGAGAAAUUUCCGUUAUGAAGUGUAAAUAUUCAAUUGUAUUCAAAGAUUUAUUGUGAAUAGAAAUGAAUGACUAAAUGUAAAUUUUGUGAAGCAAAUCAAGACAAAGUAUAAAGCAAUCUCGCCCCAGGGCAGAGUUGUUGUUGUCGAAUUAUUUGGGGUUAUUAUGGGGUAUUCCGUAACUCACCAACUUCUUGUGAAAACGUUCCUCCAUCAGUUUGACUUGACAAGGCCGGCCCAUUAGCGCAGCAGCAGCAGCAGGCUGGAGGUAUAUGCACUGCCGAGCUCCUCUCACACACAAUGUAGAAUGUUCACAACUCCAACACACUCUUUUCCUCCUGUGUGCCUAGAGAAGUACUCCCUAAGCCUGAAAGUCCUCUUAAGAAUAGAUUUCCAGAAAACAACGAAGAUGCCACCAGCAGACGAAGUUAUCCGCCCAAUCAUAUUAAAACCUUCGGUAACUUUAAUUGAUUGUUGUGUGCGCGCAUGUGCCGGGUAAAGAUUCAAUGCCGCUGAUGUUGAAUACUGCCCUCUUUUGUCAAUGUUGCGAAAUUGGUAAAAUGAUUUAGGCAGACCUUUUUUUAAAGUCACUUGCUAUAUUUGUGUAAUCCAUUGCACAUAGUGAGGUUUUCUGAACAAACUUUAACCAUCCACCAUAGAGCUAGAGCAAGGACGACACUCGCAUAAUGCUGUCAGUCUCAUAAAAAUGAAAUACAGAAGUACUCCCUAAACCUAAAAACCUAUUUUCUAAAAAAUGAAAUAAUAUUAACUUUUACUAACUCAAUUUCUUAUAAUAAAAAGUCCUCCACUUUAUUUAUCCUCAAAAUGCGAGCUUGUAACAAUAUAGAACACAAAUUUUUUAGUAUUUUUAUAUCUUUUUGUUGUUGUAACUAAAGCCAACAACAAUUAUAAUAAAACAAUGGGAACAGAGGUUUAACAACGUUUUGAAAUAUGUGUGCAUUGUCUUCAUCAAUGGUCGCCACUGUUAACUGUCUGUACGGUUUGUGCUGGUAUACUGCUCUUUUUUGCUAAGCAGAAAAUUAUGAAAUAAUAUUUUCUGCUGAAGUAACUCUUUGGAAUAUGGUUAUUGGGACACAACUCUAUGACAUUUUUCUGUUUGGGUAGGAUAGCCUGGGCCCCACUCCGUAGAGCUAGCUGCACACAAUUUCGACAGAAUGGUAAGUUUGCCUCUUUUCAGAAAUCUUAAGACGCGGGGAGAUAGGUGAAAAAUCCUUUAAAAAUCAUGGUCAAUCACAUAAAGCCUGAUCAUGUAAUGAAUUACACAUAAUUAGUUUGCCCUGAAACGUGAAUGAAUUUUCUUAAGAAUCUGAUUAGAGAUUGUCUGGAACUUGUUUUUUCGAUGGUGCAAUAAAUAAUUUCAAUAAAAACAAUGUACUGAUGAUUGAAUUGAUUUGGUAAGAUUAUCGCAGUGCGUACUAAAUAAAAGUAAAACUUUGCUGAAACAGCUACAAACUUUAAGAACACAUUUGAUAUAUAGUGAUGGAAUUUAAAGAUGUUUGAAAUACUGAAAGACAAAACUGCAACUGGAGUUAUAUGAAACGUGAAUAUCAUUUUGAAAGAUCAUAUAAUUUAAGUAUAUAACUAAGCUAUGGUGCCUUGUUUAUAGUAGGUGCGCAAUAUAAAACUUUGAUUUCAUUAUUAUUAUUUAUUAUUAAGUCAGGCCUAACAUUAGUAUGACUUCAAAAAUGCUUGCCUUUCUAAUUUUAGGUGAAUGGUUACAAUAUCCACAACUGAUUGAUUGAGAAUCAUUAAAACCAUUUAAAAUAUAA